AUGGCGGCCUUUGAUCGGUACCACGCCUUCCGGAACUUCGACGGUCCCCCAGGCUUGGCGAUCGGCUUGGAGGAAAUCAGCCGCAACUCAUCAGACAACUGGAUGCAAAGGCAGAUCUCCAAGUUGCAAAGCUCCAGUUCGUCAUCCUCAUCUGACAAGAAGGCGAAGAAGAAGGCAAAAAAGAAAGCGAAGAAAGAAAAGAAGAAGUUGAAGAAGGAGAAGAAGAAGCUGAAGAAAGAGUCCAAGAAAGAAGAGAAAGGAAAGGACGAGGGGAACGGUCGCCCAGUCACAGCGGGUUGA